AUGACUAAGUACUGACUCUCUUAAUGAACGUUCAUUUGGAUGAUUAUCUCUUACACCACCUUCCACUCUCCCUCCCUCCCUUUGUCUCCUCUCCCUCCCUCUGUCUCUCCCCCCCAGGCAGACACUCUGAAGGAGCGCUAUCAGAAGAUAGGUGACACCAAGAGAACCACGCCCAUCGAGGUGCUGUGUGAGAGCUUCCCAGAAGAGAUGGCCACCUACCUGCGUUAUGUGGGUUCUCUGGACUUCCUGCAGAAGCCGGACUACGACUACUUACGGAAACUCUUCACCGACCUCUUCGACAGCAACGGCUACACCUUUGACUAUGAGUACGACUGGGUCGGCAAGCCACUGCCUACUCCCAUUGGUUCAGUCCCUAGUGAGACCCUUCUACAGUCCAGCAGCAGAGACAAGGCAACGCAGCAGACCAAAAACCAGUCGCCAGAACCCAAAGGAAGUGAGUCCCAGCCCACUCCAGUGACCAAUAGGGAGCUGCUGGGGUCCCAUCUAACAGCUGAUGGGCUGGGGGGCUCCGUCCAGGUGAUGAGUUCGACCAAUGGGGAGCUGAAUACAGACGAUCCGACUGCGGGCCACUCCAACACCCCCAUCACCGCCCCGGCCGAGGUGGAGGUGGCCGACGACACAAAGUGCUGCUGUUUCUUUAAGAGGAGGACGGGGCAAGGCCUCCAGAGACACUAGUGAAGAAGAGGCAAGGCCUCCGGCGACACUAGUGAAGAAGAGGCAAGGCCUCCGGCGACACUAGUGAAGAAGAAGCAAGGCCUCCGGCGACACUAGUGAAGAAGAAGCAAGGCCUCCGGCGGCACUCGUGAAGGGCAGAGGCCUCCGGCGGCACUCGUGAAGGGGAGAGGCCUCCGGCGGCACUCGUGAAGGGGAGAGGCCUCCGGCGGCACUCGUGAAGGGGAGAGGCCUCCGGAGGCACUCGUGAAGGCACAAGACUGACUGGAGGAAAGCAGUACUGAAAUUGAACGCUCCCUGUUGACCCUCCUGCAGUACUACAACACGGACUAAUGCCUGCUGUGAUGACCUGCCUUGUGCAGACAGACAGGCAGGACCAAACGGACCAGAACCAUGAUUGUCUGUGUGCUUGGAGCUGAGAGGAUCAGAAGAAAUGUAUGUUUAUGUUUCUAUAAUGGAUGGAUGGAUGGAUGGAUAGCGGGGCGGAAAGAUGACCCUCAUAACGGACUGAUGAAUGGAGAGAGCCAGAAAAGACCUGAGAUGCAUAAAUAAGAGAUUAUUUAAGGACAGAAAGACUGUUGGAAACUGUUUGUGUUCCAUAUAAACGUUCUGAACUGGAGGACAGAGAACUGUAACACAGUAGUGAUACCAUGCUCCAUUUACCAAGUCAUUUCUGAUGACAACUCCAGUAUAACAGACAGGAAAGAAAUAGUAAAAUGCAUGAACACCAGAAUCAGAAGAAAAAUGAUCAUGAAUACAACUUCUUUUCUUUUGUAUUUUAAAAUGAAGUUUUGAAACCCACUGAGUUGUUGAACAGUUGUACUUCAUUGUUCUUAGAGCAUCUUCAGGAAACCGAGCUUUUUUUUCUCCUUUAUUUCAUUCUGUUUUCUCAUUUCCUAUGGAUGGAUGGCUGGACAUGGAUGUUGGUGACGGAUAGUGGCUGCGCUCAGGUACUGUGGGGGAUAGCAGGAUGGAGAUAAACAAAUAUUUAAUCUCUUUAAAAUUGCACUUUAGACGGGGGGAAGUUAAUGGAAUUCUGGGAUUAAAGUUUAACACCGACAAACAGAUGUAGGAACAUUGAACAUUGAACUGAAAGCAGUGAACCAGUACGGUUUUAUAACUACAGGUAGCCUGUAUAAAACGGCUGUGACUCAAAUGGCACCCUACUGCCAAUAUGUUGCACUAAUGACCUAAAUCAUAUGGGUCCUGGUCAAAAGUAGUUUACUGAACGGUAAAUGGGUGCUGUUUGGGACAAGCCCUAAGCAUCAAUGGGUUUUAUGUUGCUUAUCCAAGUCAGUCACUUGGAAGUCAUAAUUUGUGCCAUUUUUAUUUUAAUUUUUUUUUAACGAAUGUCUCAUUUUGAAAUGUGGAACAUAUUUAGGCUUGCGUAUCCUUUCGUAAAUGUUCUUAAUUGAUGAGCGUGUAGCGAAAUGCUUGUGCUUCUAGUUCUGACAGUGCAGUAAUAUCUAACAAUUCCCCAGCAACUACCUAAU